AUGGAUCCUGUUUCUGGCGCGCUGGGGGUGGUAGCCGGUGUCACAAGCAUCGUCUCCGUCAUUGGGAAGUCAGUUGCCGCCUUGAACCAACUCCGCCAGAAGUAUCGAGACGCGGAACUCAACAUCACGCUGCUGACCGGUCAGCUACGAAUCGUCCAAAGAGCACUGCUCCAGGUCCAAGGGUGGGCGGAAAGUUUACAGGGCGAUUCCCAAUACUACCAGCUCUUGAUCGACCUUGGAGAUGCGGUCACGCAUUGCAAACUACUUGUCGAAUACAUCCAUAACCAGAUCUCAAAGUUCCAGUGGGGCGAUGAUGCGCUGCUCGGCCCUGGAAGCAAAGUCAUCUACUUGCUGGAAGACCAGGCGACCAAAGACUGCCUCACCCGACUCGACCAUCACAUCAACGCUCUCAACUUGUGCCUGACGGCCACCCAAUGGUAUGUGUCAGUCCCUUCUCCGGAAGAAGCCGUCGCUGAUCGAAGCAGCCGAACACCACACGAUCAAGAACUGCUGCUGCAUAGGAAGGCGAGCAGAAAAGUCUUCGAUCGGGCGAGAGACGAUGCCACGUCCCUCAUCGGCUUCCGUGAUUCCGCUUCCUUCGCCACCUUGAGGACCAACCUCUCGACAGAUACAAAAUUGUCGAGGACGUUCGACUUCGAUGGCCUGCUGUUGAGACACAAGAUCUAUCAGAACACUUUCAGGUCGAUGCUGAGGCGUGCCAAUUCUCCGACGGAAGAGCGUAUCGUGGAGAGAGGACAACGACGAGCACUCUCCGACACGCCCGUUCUUCAGCUUAAGAGCACGGCCAGGGACUCGGCCAAAAUCGAUCUGGCACUGAAAGCAGAUGCUCGUAAACUGAGCAAAGAAGUCAAAAUCCUUGCCGUCGGUGACAAGCAUGGCCGAUCCAGCAUAGUCAAGCAGAUGAGGCAACGAUAUGGCCAACCAUUCUCGGAUGCCGAGAUCGAAGACUACAGAAAGUCCAUCACUUCCCUGGCUAUCAAGGCUCUGGUUGCUGUUCUUGAUUAUGUCACGGAUCUCGGAAACGGGUUCGUGAGACAAGCCAGCAGAGAUCAUGCCGACAUCAUCCUGGCGUUUGCAAAAUCCGGGGCGCCGGACUGGAGAAUAUCUCCAGAAGUCGCAGCCUCUGUGAAGCACAUUUGGAACAACUGGCAUGUCCAGCAAGCCUUUUCAGCGAUGCGGCAAGAUGGACAAACCGCGUUCUACCUCAGCGCGAUCGAAAGGAUUUGUCGGCCUGACUACACACCUAGCCAAAUUGACAUCAUUCGAGCACCUGAGAACUUUGAGACAAUGCGAGAAACCGAGCUGAUCAUGCCGUCGUCCACAUUGCGUGUGGUUGAACUGCGGGAGCAGCACGCCAUCAAGAUUCUUUCGCAGUUUGCCGAUGUCCAGUUCUGCCUCUUUCCCAUUGACCUGACAUGCUAUGACCGGUAUCACGAUGACGCCAAUCAGACCAACGAGCUUCGAGAAAGACUGUCUUACCUCAAAGCCAUCUGCCAGUCCAAAUACUUUACCAAGAGCAUAAUCCUGCUCGUCCUCACAAAUGCAACGGCGUUCAGAGAUCGAAUUGCCGUCUCACCCAUGAAGACUCAUUUCGACGACUAUGCAGCUGGCAAUGACUUCAAUGCGGCAACAAAGUAUAUUCUGAAGAAAUGCAGGCAAGUCAACCGAGUGGAGCUGCCACUGUUCUGGCAUAUUCAUGAUUUGAACGACGGCGAGGCUGAAGCCAUAGAUCAAUUCUUCAGGCAAUCAGCUGCCAGCAUAACCGCCGUGUCGUGGUUGAGGGACAUUGGCCUCGGUGCGACAUGA